CUUUAACAUUAAAAUUCUUAACCAGAACAUAAGUCACAAUGAAAUACUUUUCAUUUAUUUUGUUCAAUAUUAUAUUUAUUGGCAUAACAUUAGUGGAAAGCCGUCGCGAGUGCAUAGCCCGUAAAGGGCACGACAGCCCGUACUGUGUCUGUAAUACCACUUAUUGCGAUGAUUUGGAUCCCAUUGUGAAACAACCGAAGGGAACGGUACUUGUGUUUGAGACCAACAAAAAGGGCGAUCGACUGAAACAAACUGUAGUGAAAGUCUCGACACAAUAUACAGAGACAGCGGACGAGAGUAUUGUUUUGACAAUCGAUAAGAACACUAAAUACCAGAAAAUCAUUGGUUUUGGCGGCGCUUUCACUGACGCGAGUGGUCUUAAUCUGAAGAGUUUGCCACAAGAAUUGGCCACAAAUGUGAUCAAGGACUAUUUCUCAUCCAAUGGUAUUGAGUAUAGUAUGGGUCGGGUGCCAAUAGCCGGGUGCGACUUCUCUCCGCGCGCCUAUACAUACAACGACCAAAAUGAUGACUUCGAGCUCAAGACAUUCGCCCUCCAGAAGGAGGACGAAGACUACAAAAUCCCAUACAUAAAAAUGGCCCGAAAUAUGAGUUCCCAUGCGUUAACUCUGUUUGCGAGUCCCUGGGCUUCGCCGGCGUGGAUGAAGACUAACGGACAUCUAAAUGAAGGCGGAUUACUGAUCGGUAAUCCGGCUGGUUAUGGUCAGGACAAACUCAAUCUUAUGGUAUAUGACGACUAUGGGGACAAAAUAGUCAAUUGGGCCGACGUUUGCUUUAACGACAAGGAAACGGCUCAAUAUAUCAAUGGAAUUGCUUAUCACUGCUACGGGAAUGGAGCAAAUUGGGGCGAUGUAUUGGAAAAAGUUCAUCAGCGACACCCUGAUCAGUUUGUCAUAUCGAGUGAAUGUUGCCAAGAAUUUAAAAUCCUAAAAGCGGGAACUCCCGUGAGAUUAGGAGUUUGGGAUAACUCAGAGUCCUAUACCAGAGAUAUUAUGAUUAAUUUAGAGCACUGGACGAGGGGUUGGGUGGAGUGGAAUUUGGUGCUCGAUAUGUACGGACAGCCUAAUUGGGCUCACUUUUCAUCGGAGGCACCAAUUCUGGUGAACUCAACCGGCAAAGAGUACUAUAAAGACCCGAAAUUCUAUAUUUUGGGCCAUUUCUCCAAAUUCUUAGCACCAGAUUCCGUGAGAGUGUCCGUAAAAGCCGACAAAACAGUGAAUGGCUUCGAUUCGGUUGCGUUCGUCAGACCCGAUAACGCGAUGGUUGUUAUCGUAUAUAAUCAAAGGGAUAGUCCGACAGAUUUCAUAAUUAAAGACCAAACUGUGGGACAAAUUAAAACCAAAAUAGAGUCCCGUUCUGUACAGACUUAUAUUUAUUGGAAUUAA